UUAAGUGAAGGCUCCAAGCUUAGGACAACAUUUUUCCUCUACAGUUUCAACUACCUCGAAUAGUAUAGUCCAGCAUACGUUAUGGCCAAAAAAAAAAAAGCCAAGAAUAGAUUUUUCAAACCAAAGUUCUGACUUUUCAGUAGAAGACAUUGUUGGUGUUUCAACUCUCAAAUAUUCUUGAAGUGGUCUUUUUUCUCCCCUAAAUUUUGUUCAUUUCCAUCAAUUUCUGAAUUUGAGAUAUACCCAUGUUGACUUGUUCAAGUAGCUCUUCAUCUUCCAAUUAUGGACGCAGUUAUGAGGUUUUCCUAAGCUUUAGGGGAGAAGACACUAGAAAAACAUUUGUGGGUCAUCUUUUUAAUGCUCUUAUUGAAAAGGGUAUUCACACAUUCAUGGAUGAUAAGGAGUUAAAGAGAGGGAGGUCAAUCUCAUCUGAACUCAUGAAAGCCAUUGGAGAAUCAAAAUUUGCUGUUGUUGUCUUUUCCAAGAACUAUGCUUCCUCUACAUGGUGCUUGGAAGAACUGGUAAAGAUUCUUGAAAUCCAUGAAAAAUUUGAGCUAAUUGUUGUCCCAGUUUUCUAUGAUGUGGAUCCAUCAACUGUGAGGAAACAAAAUGGGGAGUAUGCUGUGUUUUUUACUAAAUUUGAGGCUGAAUUGGUUGAUGACAAGGACAAAGUGAUAAGGUGGAGGGAGGCACUUACUAAGGUAGCUAACAUAUCAGGGCAUGAUUUGCGCAACACUUACAAUGGGGAUGAAUCAAAAUGCAUACAACAGAUUGUGAGAGACAUAUUUGAUAAAUUUUGUUUCUCCAUCUCAAUAACUAACAGAGAUUUAGUUGGAAUAGAAUCUCAAAUUAAGAAACUAAAUUCAUUGUUGAGGAUGGACCUGAAAGGAGUUCGUCUUGUUGGGAUUUGGGGGAUGGGUGGUGUAGGAAAGACAACUGCUGCAAGAGCAUUGUUCAACAGAUACUAUCAGAAUUUUGAAGGUGCUUGUUUACUCGAAGAUGUUAAAGAAUAUCUACAACACCAUACCUUGUUGUAUUUGCAGAAGACUCUCCUUUCCAAACUGUUGAAGGUAGAAUUUGUAGAUUGUACUGAUACUGAAGAAAUGUGUGCAAUAUUAAAGAGGAGACUUUGUUCUAAGAAAGUUCUGGUUGUUCUUGAUGAUGUUAAUCAUAGCAACCAGCUGGAUAAGCUGGUUGGAGCUGAAGAUUGGUUUGGUAGUGGUAGUAGAAUUGUUAUCACAACUAGGGAUAUGAAACUGUUGAAAAACCAUGAUGUGCAUGAAACUUACGAGGUAAAGGUUUUGGAAAGAGAUGAAGCAAUUGAGCUUUUCAAUUUGCACGCAUUCAAGAGAAAGUCACCUGAAAAGGAGUUUGAGGAGCUCUUAAAUCUUGUGGUAGAUUAUACUGGAGGCCUUCCUCUAGCUCUUAAGGUGCUUGGUUCUCUGCUGUACAAGGAAGAUCUUGAUGUAUGGAUAAGUACAAUUGAUAGACUAAAAGAUACCCCUGAGGGUGAAAUUAUGGCUACACUUAAAAUAAGUUUUGAUGGAUUAAGAUAUUACGAAAAAAGUAUAUUUUUAGAUAUUGCAUGUUUCUUCAGGGGUUACAACCAAAGAGAUAUGACAGCAUUAUUUCACGCUUCUGGUUUCCACCCAGUUCUAGGAGUAAAGACCCUUGUUGAAAAAUCUCUCAUUUUUAUUUUAGAGGACAAAAUCCAAAUGCAUGAUUUGAUGCAAGAGAUGGGUAGACAAAUCGCAGUUCAAGAAUUACCUAUGAGAAGAAUAUAUCGUCCAGAGGAUGUUAAGGAUGCAUGCAUAGGAGAUAUGGGGAAAGAAGCAAUUGAAGGCUUGUUACUCACAGAGCCUGAACAGUUUGAAGAGAGUGAGUUGGAAUAUAUGUACAGCGCUGAAGCUCUCAAAAAGAUGAGGAGGCUGAGGAUACUUGUGAAACAAUAUUACAACAGGGGGUUUGAUGAGCCUGUUGCCUAUCUUCCUAACAGUCUGCUUUGGCUUGAAUGGCGUGACUAUUCUGCAGACUCAUUGCCAUCGAAUUUUGAACCAUCAAAGCUCAUAUAUCUUACUAUGAAGAGUAGUUCUAUCAUCGAACUCUGGAAUGGAGCAAAGAGGUUAGCCCUUUUGACAACUCUUGAUCUCAGUUAUUGCUACAAAUUGAUACAAACCCCAGAUUUUAAGAUGAUCGCAAAAUUGGAAAGGUUGAUCCUGAGCUUUUGUGAUGCAUUGGUGGAAGUCCAUCCAUCUGUUGGGUUUCUCAAGAAGCUUAUUUUGUUAAAUAUGGAUCAUUGCACAUCACUUGAGAGACUUCCGGAAAUUAUUCAAUCAGAAUGUCUUGAAGUUCUUGAUCUCAAUUAUUGCUUUAAUUUGAAAAGGUUCCCGGAGGUGGAAAGGAACAUAAAGCACUUGAAGAAACUCGACCUCAGUUCAACUGGGAUAAGAGAACUGCCGGCAUCAAUUGAGCAUCUCAGUUCCCUAGAAAACCUACAAUUGCAUUCCUGCAACCAACUUGUACGUCUCCCAAGUAGUAUUUGGAGAUUCAGAAAUCUAAAGAUUAGUGAAUGUGAGAAACUGGGGAGUUUACCAGAAAUUCACAGGAAUAGCAAUUGUACUCGUGAAAUCAUCUUAAAAUUAGUUUCUAUUAAGGAGCUUCCCACCUCUAUAGGAAACCUCACCUCACUAAAUUUCCUUGAAAUCUGUAAUUGCAAAACUAUUUCGAGUCUCUCGAGCAGCAUAUGGAGAUUGACAAGUCUUACAAAUCUAAAGCUGUUAGACUGCAGAAAACUUAAAAACUUGCCCGAAAUUCCAAAUGCCAUAAAUCAUUUGGCAGGACAUGGACUUCAGCUCCUUCUGACAUUGGAGCAGCCCACAAUUUAUGAACAUCUUGACUUGCUUAGGAUUAUUGAUAUGAGUUGGUGUAGUUCUAUUAGCAGUCUCCCCCACAACAUUUGGAUGUUGAAAAGUUUAAGGAUUCUGCGCAUCUCUUACUGCUCGGGACUGGAGUAUUUACCAGAAAAUUUGGGUCACUUGGAACAUUUGGAGGAAUUACUUGCAGAUGGUACUGGUAUUUUAAGACUACCAUCUUCGGUUGCACGUUUAAAUAAACUUGAGGUCUUAUCAUUCAGGAAAAAGUUUGUGAUUGGACCAAAAGUCCAAUAUUCAUCAUCAAUGCUCAAUUUACCUGAUGAUGUUUUUGGAAGUCUUGGAAGCUUAGGCUCUGUGGUGAAGUUAAAUCUUAGUGGAAAUGGUUUUUGUAAUUUGCCUGAAACGAUGAAUCAACUUUUUUGCCUUGAAUACCUUGACAUAACAUUUUGCCAGAGGCUUGAAGCAUUGCCGGAGCUUCCCCCAAGCAUCAAGGAGCUAUAUGUAGAUGAACACUUGGCCUUGAGAAGCAUGGAAGAUUUAGUAAUUAAAUGCAAGGAGUUGAAUUUAAUAGCAGUCACAAAUAUUGAGUACCAAAAUUUCUAUCGAUGGUUAGACUCAAUAUGGUCAGAUGUGUCAGAACUGCUGGAGAACAGUCAGAAGCAACAAAUGGAUGAUAUGUUGCAGCUUAUUCCCUUUUCAUAUCUUUCGACGGCUAAGCGUGAGGAAAUUCUUAAGAUUGUUAUACAUGGAACACGAAUUCCAGAAUGGUUUAGAUGGCAAGAUAGAAGUGCCGCAAAGAUGUCAGUCAAUCUUCCUGAACAUUGGUACACUGAAAAUUUCUUGGGUUUCGCUAUAUGCUGCGCCUGCUGCUUUUAUCAUUCCGCACGUAGUUACGAUAUUGAAUUUGAGGGGAGCAUGCAUCAUUACAAUUAUGAUUCCAGUUAUUGGAAAGAGUAUGAGGAACCGAGUUUUGACUUUUAUGAGAGAGAUACCAUUGAGAUUACAGCAAAACUAACUCCCCGACAUAAAGGAAUGCUGACUGAAGAGCUCAAGAAAGUCUGUUCAUUUUCCAUGAAUGUGUUACGUCGUGCUACUGCUGUCCCUAAUAUGUGCUUUGCAUUUUUGCCAUUAAACAGUCUCUGUCACAGAUCAAAUUUACAGGCAAAUAACCCAAAUGACUAUGGGAUAUUUGAAGCCUGUUUGAGACCAGGGGACUUCCGCCAUCGUGGAAAACAGUGGGGGUUUAAUUUGGUGUAUAAAGAUGAAGCUGGUGGCAGUGUUAUGUACGAAAUGCUCAUAAACAGAUAGAAGCUUGAUCUUGUCCUCAAAUUCUGUAUCUCUUUUCUGGUGACGAAAGAUAGAAAAAGAAUACAUAAGAAUGGUAGGGGAUUUACUCCGCAAGAAUGCAGGUCCUUUUUCAGUUUAAUUUUUUAUUCUAUUAUUUCAAUUUAUAGAAUUUGUGUACCUCAAAGAACUGUUAGGUUUUGAUACUUCCAUUUAGUAAAAUCUUUGAAAUACUC